GAGCUCUUAUUUUCUGACAAUGGCGGACUCCUCCAAUUCCGCCCCGGCAGCCGGCCAGGCUCAGCCAAAGCCGGCUCCUAAAGCACCAAAUCCGGCUAUGAGGAUGCUCGGAAUGCCCAAUUUCCGCUUCAAGCUGCCCUCUCGGAAUUGGAUGAUUUUCCUCACCAUCACCGGUUCCUUCGCUGCCGCUCUCGUUUACGACCGCCGGGAGAGAAAACGCUCUCAGCAAAAAUGGUGCGAUUUGGUGGCUCAUCUUUCCAAAGAGACUAUUCCCAUUGAGCAGACACGGCGCAAGUUGACGGUCUACUUGGCUGCUCCUCCGGGUGACGGUCUUCGAAUUGCGCGGGAUCACUUCCGGGAAUACGUGAAACCGAUCUUGGUGGCAGCUGCGCUGGACUACCAGGUUAUUGAGGGUCGACGGGAAGGCGACAUUCGCGCAGGCACGGCGGAGAGUAUCCGGAAAUUGAGACGGAAGGCUGGUGAGCCGAGCAGUGUGGUGGAAGAGGCAAACACUGAACAGGUCAUUGCUGCGGCAAGGCAGAGCAUGGGGGUCUAUGAGGAACCUGGUCCUAAGGGUGACAUUGUGAUUGGACGGCAUACAUGGAAGGAAUAUGUCCGUGGUCUUCACGAAGGAUGGUUGGGGCCGCUUGAUCCUCCACCUCCGCCGCCUGCGCCGGUGGAAGAGGUUGCACCUGAGCCCACUACCCCAGAAAACACACCCGCAGAAUCCCCCGAGAAGAAGGACGAACAAACCCCCGAGAACAAGGAGAAGGAAGAUGACAAGGAAAAGGAAAAGGAGAAAAAGAAACCGGCAGGCCCGGCUCCAGCAUACAUUGCUCCCGCCGAUUACCCAUCCCGAACCCUUCCAUCCACCCUCCCGGAAACCCUUGAUGGCUCCGUCCCAAUCGCCUUCCCACACCUCCUGGGCUUCCUCAAAACCCCAAUCCGAGUUUAUAGGUAUCUCAACCGACGCCAUCUCGCGGAAGACAUUGGCCGCGAGGUUGCCGGUGCCGUCCUUGCCUCCUACACCAGACCCUACCAUGACGAUAUCAUGCCCUCGGAUUCCGAAUUUGUGACCACAACCCCCACGUCCAUCCCUGGCCAUGAUGUGACAACAGACCUCCCGCCCCGAAACUACGAACAGCAGACCAUCCUCGAGGAGGCGGAGCAAGAAUGGCACAAGUCGGUCCACAAGCGCGAUCCUGCCGGCCCCAACGGCGACAACGAGCGGGAAUGGCUGGACGAUGUUGUUUUGGAUCCUCGCAUCGCUUCCCGUAUGCAACGCUACACUCUCUGUUCUCACGAAGAGGCUCGUUCCCAGCGCAUUGACGAGGGUGCGGAGUACAUCCUUGGCGAGGAGAGGCCUGUCCCUGUUCCCUUCUGGAAGAAGCUGUGGGUUCAGUAUGGAUACGGCGAGGAUGAGGAGACGCUGAAGCGGAAGCCCAUCCUUGGCAACAUUGAUGAAGAGUAAAAGUUAUGCUGUGGAUGACUGGAAGAUGUACUUUAUCCCAACUCUGUCAUGGUCUUUUUGAUACUACCCCUACUUCCAUGUAUAUUAGCACGGUUAUAGAUGCACUUUAAUCGAGGUUCGAGUGCUACCAUCAUUUUUUAUACACCACUUAGUGCUUAAUAGAGGGCGGUAAAGCACGUGAUAGACCAG